UUCGAAGCCCAGCUUCCCUUUUCUGCCUGCAACGCUUUGAAGUUAAAGAACUUGCGCUUUCUCUCUGCGUCCUGAUUGAUUUCUCAAAGUUCCUUCAAACCAAAUACAAUGGGUAGGAGGAAACCCAAGGACCCAGAAACCGACGCCGUUUCAGCAGCUCAGUCCGACGUCUUCAAGACCCUAUUCGGCGACGCCGCCAGCCACGACGCCGCCCCUGCCAUCUUCUCCGAGAGCAACCCCUUCAGGAGGAAGAACCAGGAAUCCGGGUUUGGGCUUGUUGCCCCUUCUCAACCUGCUGAGACCACCAAUAAUGGCGAGUCUGAGAACAAUGGCGAUGACGGGGACGGCGAGGUGCAGAAACGGAAGCGGAAGAACAAAGAAAAGGCGGCUUCCGGGUUGAUUAAUGAAGAAGCUCCACAGAGUCCUGUGGAGUUGGAGGGCGAAAAACCAAAGAAAAAUAAACUGCCGGAAACGCUCAAUUCUGAAAACCCUAAUUUGGGCUCUGAGUUAGAAGGGUUGUCAAGACAGGAAAAUGAUGAACCCUCCGAGACGACGAAUGCGGUGACGAAGAAGAAGGAUGGGAGGAAGAGGAAAAGGGAUGAAGUUGAGAGGGAAUAUGAGGUGAAGAAGUACGGCGUGAAGGAGGGCGAGGAGGAUGGGGACAAGGAGAAGAGGAUUGUUGGAGAGAAGAGGAAGACAGUUGAUAAUCCAGCUGAUAUGUUGGUUUCCAACGAAGGUUUCGACGACGAGAGUAAGCUCUUGAGGACUGUUUUUGUUGGAAAUUUGCCCUUGAAGGUCAAGAAAAAAGCUUUGAUGAAGGAGUUCACUAAAUUUGGAGAGGUGGAGUCUGUGAGGAUUCGAUCCGUGCCAAUUUUGGAUACCAAAAGGCCCAGAAAGGGAGCAAUACUCACAAAACAAAUCCAUGAUAAAGCUGACAGCGUUAAUGCCUACAUUGUUUUCAAAACCGAGGAAUCGGCACAGGCUUCUUUGUCCCAUAACAUGGCUGUGGUUGAAGGACAUCAUAUCCGUGUUGACAGGGCUUGCCCACCUCGUAAGAAGCUGAAAGGGGAGAGUGCUACUGUUUAUGAUCACACGAGAACAGUUUUUGUGGGUAACCUUCCAUUUGAUGUAAAGGAUGAAGAAGUUUAUCAGUUGUUUUGUGGUAUCAACAAUCUUGGAUCCAGCGUUGAAGCUAUUCGCAUAAUCAGGGAUCCUAAUUAUGGUAUCGGAAAGGGCAUUGCUUAUGUUUUGUUUAGAACAAGGGAAACUGCAAAUUUGGUCGUUAAGAAGCGAAACUUGAAGCUUGGGGAUCGGGAGCUCAGGCUGUCUCAUGCAAAACCAGAGUCCACCCCAACUAAGAGAAAGAACCCCUCAUCAGCAUCAGAAGCUAAUUCUUCAGCCAAAAAGCGAGCUGUGGACUCGAGGAGUCCAGAUUUUAACAAGUCGAGUUCAAGGGCAUCUUACCAGGGCCUGCGUGCAGGUAAGCCUGGUGUCCAAAAGAAGUUCAAUGCAAAGGGCAGUAGACCAGAUAAGUUUGAAUCAAAAUCACCAAGUGGAGUGAAGCCGAAAGAACGGAAAGAUAAACGACCAUCUGUUGCUGCGAGAAAGGCUAAAGAAGCACUGAAAGGUGGCGCUGCUUCAAAACAAACAGGUACAAAGCGUAAGCUUGAUAGCCGGACUCCAGAUAGCUCCCAGCAGAAAAAGAAAUUCAUGAAAUAUAGGUAGGAAUAUACAUUAACAUUACGAAAUGUGUACGUUUUCCAAGUUUUUAUUUGUUGUACAAGCUAUUAAUUGUCAAAUUGGUGAUAUGGUUUUCCUUAUAAUUUUCCCAUUUUAUUUUC